AUGGCCAAGAAAGCCCGCAGCGCAAAGGGCGAAAAGCCUGAGGCGCUCAUUUCCGCCCUGCAGGCCGCCAACGAAGACCUCAGAUCCAAACUCACCGACAUCCAGAUCGAACUGCACCAGGAAAAAUGCAAGGUGAGCAAACUGGAGCGCGACAAGGUGCAGGAGGUGAAGCGUGCGCGCGAGCAGGAGCAGCAUCGGCACACGGCGGCGCUGACGGAGCAGAGGGCCAAAUGGCACGAGGAGAAGCAGAAAGAGCUCCAGGCUUUGAGGGAGAACCUGACCAGGCAGCACGAGCAGGAGCUGGCCCGACACGCCAAGAUCAAGGAGCAGGAGAACCAGAGACUCAAGGCCGCCAUCAACGCCAUGAGGGACGGCAGCGGGGAGAAGGUGCGCACGGCUCUGACUCUGGAGGCUCGGGAGGAGGCGAGGCGGUUCUUCGACCAGGAGCGGGUGAAGCUGCUGCAGGAGAUCGCCGAGCUCAAAUCGUCCAAAAAGCAAACGGACGAAGCUCUGAGUCACAUGAUCCAGGCCGACAAGAUGAAGGCGGGCGACCUGCGAGUGGAGCACCAGCAGCACCAGGAGCAGAUAUCCAAGAUCAAAUGGGACUGCGAGAGGGACAUACGCCGACUGGUGGAUGAGAUCAAAUCCAAGGACCGCACCAUCUUCGCUUUGGAAAAGGAGCUGGAGUCCACCACCGGGUUCCUCCAGAAGCUCCAGCUGCAGAAGGACGCCCUGGACGAGCAGCUGUUCCUGGUGAAAGAGGCUGAAUGUGGCCUGGGGAGCCCCAAACGAGAGAUCCCCGGGAGAGUCGGUGAUGGAGCAGAGCACUGUGGAAGUCCAGACAUGAGGAGAAAUCAGAAACGUGUCGCAGAGCUCAACUCAACAAUACGAAAACUGGAAGAUCGCAAUUCUCUGCUGGUUGAUGAGAGGAAUGAGCUGGUAAAACGUGUAAGAGAAGGAGAGAAGCAGUGUAAGCCUUUGCUGGACAAGAACAAACUGCUCCAUAAAAGAAACGACGACUUGAGUCAAACCAUCCAAAAGCUGGAGGAGAAACUCAAAGCUCUGUCCAAAGAAAACUCAGAAAUGAAAGAGAAGAUAAGUUCACAUCCUCCUCUGAAGAAACUCAAGUCCCUGAAUGAUCUGGACCAAGCUCACGACGACCAGGAAAUCGCCUUUUUGAAGCUGCAGGUCCUGGAGCAGCAGAGCAUGAUCGACGAGCUCACCAGGGACAGAGAAAAGCUUCUCCGAAAGAAAAGGCAUAAAAGAAGCUCCAGACCCAUUAAGAGACAUAUCGUAGUGGACACGUUUUUCGGGUACGAUGAAGAGUCCAUGGACUCAGAGACUUCGUCCGUGGCCUCGUAUCGGAUGGACCGGACUCCAGCGACGCCCGACGAGGACAUCGAAGACGCCGUAACGAACGAGGAGUCGGAGCUGCGUUUCCGUCAGCUGACCCGCGAGUACCAGGCCCUGCAGCGAGCCUACGCCCUCCUACAGGAGCAGAAGGGCGGCCUGCUGGACGCCGAGAUGGAGGCCAAGGCUCAAGAACAAAUAAAAGGGGAAGUUCUCAGGUACAAAGCCAAAAUAGAGGAUUUGGAAAAAGAGCUGGCCCAUAAAGGACAGGACUCCAAAUGGGUGGAGGAGAAGCAGCUGUUUCUACAAAGGAAUCAGGAGUUAUUAGAUAAGCUGGACAAAGCCGAGUCCGAAUGCAGUCGAGUAGAACAGGAGCUUCAGGACUCGAGGGACCAGAAUGAACUGUUAGAGUUCAGGAUCCUGGAGCUGGAGGAGCGUGAAAGACGGUCUCCUCCCUUUAACCAUUAUAAGAUGCACCCCUUUUCUGAAGGAGUCAGCGCUCUGCAGAUCUACUGCAUGAAGGAAGGAGUCAAGGACGUGUGUAUACCAGAUUUGAUCAAACUUCUAGACAUUCUGGGAGACAACGGGAAUUUAAGAAACGAGGAGCAGGUGGCCAUUAUUCAAGCGAGUACUGUGCUGUCAUUAGCAGAAAAGUGGAUCCAGCAGAUAGAAGGGACAGAGGCGGCGCUGCACCAGAAAAUGAUGGACCUCGAGAUCGAAAUGGAAAUGUUCUGUAAGCAGAAAGGGUAUUUAGAAGAGGAGCUGGACUACAGGAAACAGGCUCUGGAUCAGGCCUACAUGCAAAUCCAGGAGCUGGAGGCGACGCUGUACAACUCCCUGCAACAAGAUAAAGUGAUAAAAUACGGCGAGCCCCUGAACGAUCUCCAGAAGGACGAGCUGAGGACGGCGGUGGAGAAGCUGAGGAGACAAAUGCUGAGGAAGAGUCGAGAGUACGACUGUCAGAUCCUCCAAGAGCGGAUGGAACUACUGCACCAAGCUCACCAGAGAAUCCGAGACCUGGAGGAUAAGACCGAGAUCCAGAGGAGGCAGAUUAAAGACCUGGAGGAAAAGUUUUUGUUUCUUUUCUUGUUCUUUUCUCUCGCUUUUAUCCUUUGGCCUUGAAGUCGUGUGCCGUAGCAGAGGUCUGUCCAAUCAGAGUCCAUGUUCCUGACCGCAGUGUUGUCUCCGGCGCUCAGUGGAUUUUAACGUGUCACAAAGUGGU